AUGUCAGAUGCAGGUCGGAGCCGCAAGGCAUGCGAGUCUGACAGGGAGAUCUUGCAGAAAUCUGCUUACCGAAAGGUGUCGAAGAGGUCAGUUGCACGAGCCAGCGCAGUCCUGGAGAAGACACAGACGUACACUGGGGUAGGGGUUGAUCCCCCGGCCAAGGGCCACCACUUCCUCCACAUUGAUGACUUCUCCAAGGAGGAAUUGUGGGCCAUGCUGCAGACCUCCAUCAAGGUGAAAGAGGCCCUGAAGAGCGGCGACAACAGCUACAAGCCCUUUGCUGGCCUCACCAUGGCCAUGAUCUUCACCAAGCCCUCCAUGCGCACGCGCGUCUCUUUUGAAACCGGGUUCUUCAAGCUGGGAGGGCACGCCAUCUACCUGGGCCCCGACACCAUCCAGAUCGGCAAGCGCGAGGCCACCAAGGACAUCGCGCGCGUCCUCUGCAGGUACAACGAUGUGAUCAUGGCGCGCCUCUUCGCGCACGAGGACAUCUUGGAACUGGCGCAGUAUUCAUCCUCCCCGGUGGUGAACGGGCUGACGGACUACAACCACCCCUGCCAGAUCAUGGCUGAUGCACUGACCAUGAUAGAGCACAAGGGGCGAAUCGAGGGCACCAAGGUGGUGUACGUGGGAGACGGCAACAACAUCGUGCACUCCUGGAUCCGCCUGGCGGCCAAGUUCGAUUUCGAAUUCGUGUGCGCAUGCCCCGAGGGUUACGAACCCGACCCGGCCACGGUCGCUCUUGUCAACGAGGGCGGCGCCGGGAAGGUCACGAUCUCGCACAACCCUCUCGAGGCGGUGAAGGGGGCGGAUGUGGUAUACACUGACGUGUGGGCAUCCAUGGGGCAGAAGGAGGAGGCCGAGCUGCGGAAAAAGAAGUUCCAGGGAUUCCAGGUGAACGAGGAGAUGAUGGCUGCUGCCGGCCCCGACGCGCUGUUCCUGCACUGCCUGCCAGCAGAGCGGGGCAUAGAGUGCACGGAUGGCGUGGUUGAGGGCCCUCAGAGCGUUGUGUUCCAGGAGGCGGAGAACCGCAUGCAUGCGCAGAACGGCGUCCUGUUGCACUGCCUCGGCCUCGCCUGA